UAGCUCAUCCAGUGGAAAGGCUGAAUCUCACAAUCAAAAUCCAUCGUUAGUUCAUCGACGCAGCCUCGUUCAGAUUCAACUAUAGAAGCGAAAUGGCUGGUUCCAGGGUUGCUCAUGCUACCUUGAAAGGACCAAGUGUUGUUAAGGAGAUAGUUAUCGGAAUAACACUUGGCCUUUGUGCUGGUGGGCUUUGGAAGAUGCAUCACUGGAAUGAGCAGAGGAAAGUGAGAGCAUUCUACGACAUGCUCGAGAAAGGUGAAAUCAGUGUCAUUGCAGAAGAAUAAAUGUUCUUUUAGUCUUGUGAAAGUGUGGACAGCUUCAGCUGUGUUUCGUUAUAUGCAUUCUCUUCAUUUGGCUCUUAGAUAGAAGAUGAGCAAAACACAAUUUGGAGCUUCUAAGAAUAAUGUCAUCAUUUUGGGAUCUUGAUUUCAUAUUUGCAUAGCAAAUCCAAGCGAUUUUUCAAUCUAGUGCCUUUGUUGGUUUCCAUUUGACAUUGUUGUUUGAUUUGGAGAUGUUUGAAAGCUCUUUAUAUUUCUACUCAA